AAAUAACUCUAACAAACCACAACAAUCUCUCAAAUUGUUGAGAGAUGACAACGUGAGUCAAACCCAUUUCAAAAAUUCGCCUUCAAAGCAUUUCGACUAUAUAUAUACAUACAGGAAUGUAAACGUAUAGCUACCUGUAGAGAGAGAGAGAGAGAGAGAGAGAGAUGAAGGGAGUGAAGAAGAAAAUCGGUGGAGAAAUCACUGCUAUUGACGCCGUGCAGCUGCCAUUACCGCUUCCCGUCGCCGACGGCGGAGAAGAAGCAGAUGGAAAGGCGGCUCAUGGCGGCGAUGAUGAGGCCGCGGUUUCGGAGACAGUGGUGGAGGAGCAACGGGUAGAAAAAGGAGACGGAAGCGGAGAAGAGGGCGGCGAAGAUGGAGAGGAAGAGGAAGAGGAAGAGGAGGGGGAGGAGGAAGAGGGAGAAAAGGGUCACGACAAAUUCGAUCACCUCGAAAUCGAUGACGAUGGAGAGGCUGAUGACACCGAGCGUCCCAAGCUCGCCGAGGACUUUUACGAGAUUGAAGCUGUGCGUAAGAAAAGGGUUCGCAAGGGUGAAGCUCAAUAUCUCAUCAAAUGGCGUGGAUGGCCAGAGACAGCAAACACCUGGGAGCCCAUAGAGAAUCUUCUGUUUUGUUCUGAUGUUAUUGAUGCAUUUGAAGAGAGCUUGCAAUCGGGGAACCAUAGGUCUUCACGUAGACGCAAGCGCAAGCAUGGGGUUACUCACACUCAACCCAAGAAGAAGCAACGGACUUCUCCCGCCGCAGCUACCUAUAAUGUACCUGCUGUCAAAGUGAGAAUUAUUGAAGAACCAUUGCCCAUGGUUCCUCCUGACGACUUGAGCCUGGCCAAUGCGGGCGAGAGAUAUUUGUGGGCUGCCAAUAAUGUUGAGUCGUCAAAGCAAACAAAAGAGAGUGGGUUUGGAGCAGUGCCCACACAAAUUGAAGAAAUGGAAGAUCAAAAUGAAUUGAAUUUAAAGCUUAGUGAACUUAGAGGAACAAUGGCUACCUAUGAGGAAACAGUAAGCAAGUGUUCAGUACGUUACCAAGAAGCCCAUGAUUUAGAAGGAGAUGGUUCUGCCAAUGGAUUGUCGAAGGUUGAUUGUGUGAAACAAGUUCAACCUGGACGCUUCACUGGAGCUAAAAGGAGGAAGUCUGGUUCUGUCCAAAGGUUUAAGCAAAAUUCAGCCUCAAGUUUACCAAGUGAAGCACAAAAUGCAACAACAAGAACCACUGAUGGCCCUUGUGGAAGAGCUGGAUGGCGGGGGAGUCAAAAUCCUGAUUUUAUGGGGAAUGAUUUCAGUAACAAGAAUGAGUUUGUUAACUCAAAAAAUAUGUCUACCAUCACUGAGAUCAUAAAGCCAAUGAGCUACUCGUCAUCUGUGAUAAACAAUGUUCAAGAUGUGUCCGUAAGCUUCAUGGCCAUGAGGUCUGAUGGGAAAGAAGUGAUGGUGGAUAAUAAAUUUCUCAAGGCUCACUAUCCACUUUUGUUGAUAAACUUCUAUGAGCAACAUCUCCGCUACAGUGCUACGCCAUGAGUAGACAGUUGUGGAUGAGAAUGUGUGGAUGCUGGAUCAUGUCAUCUUUGCAUUCUGUCAUAUGGUGUUGUAAUGCACCUGGAUGUUAUAGUACAUGUUAAGCUAAUGCAGUUGUAGGUUAGCCAAUGCAGUAGUCAAGUGUUAGAUAGCACAAUGCUGGCUUGUAUAGAGCAGCAAUACCCUUGUUUUAUGUCUUUCCCCCCCUCUUUUGAAUGAGUACAAACAUCUUGUUUAUCCAUCGACCUUUCUUUGAUAUUAUAUGGUUUUGUACAUGGAGAUCAAGACUGUAAAACAUGUAGAUGAUGUUAAACAUUUGUCCAUGUCCUUAAUAUUCAUAUUUAAAUUUUCUUCUUUUGUUUGCUCUA